AUGGAAAAGCUUGAAGGCUGCAUCCUCUUCGCAUCGCCUAAGCAGCAGGAAACGCAGCGUCUCCGCGAACGGAACAGAACUGCCAAGAGGGCAUCGAGAGCCCGCCAACGGCAACGUGAGCAGCACAACGACACUACUGCGGACGUCGCAACUGCAGAGGCAACUGCGCAGGACGUGGACGUGGCGCCGCCAUUGCAGCCGCCACUACAUCCUGAUUCUGGUUCUGGUUCUGGCUCUGACUCCGUCUGUGUACGGGCCGAAGCGUCGGAAGACUUAGGCGUCUGGGCACUAGACGGCCCCCUAGACGACCCUGCCGCCCUGCCCUGGCCCUCCUCUCUCGAUGUGGACUGGCCUGGUUUUAGUGGUUCACUAGUGGACACGCUUAGCCCUCGUCAGCUCUCAGUCUCAGUUCCGGAGAUAUGCAACCCAGAGCCGCGAGCACCGCCUGUGUCUUCGAGUUCACUCACCUCUAACUCCAAUGACUUCAACAGUAAACCAUUGAGGUUACUCCACAUCGCCGCUCGCAAUGGAACGACCGGUAUUCUCCUCUCGCUGAUCAAGGCCGGCGCAGAGGUGAACUCGCGCGACUGCUCCGGCACAACUCCCCUCCAUAUCGCUGUACGCUUUCGACGUGCAAGUGCUCUCGAGCUGCUGGUAAGUCACGGGGCGAAUAUGAAUGCCCGGGACUCGGCCAACAUGACGGCUCUUGAAGUAGCAGUGAGGGCUCAAGACGGGGCUGGCAGUAUAACUGGAUGA